CCAGUCCACUGCGACUGUUGUGGGAUCAGCAAAUCAAACCAACCCAUCAAACACCGAAAAUCUCCGCACGAGCUCCGGUUUCAAAUUCCCUCGGCAGAGCUCGCCGCCGGGGAUGGAGGCGGCGCGGGAGUCCAUGGCGGCGCUCCUCGACGCCGGCCUCUUCGGGCCCGCCCAAACGCUGGGGUGUUUCCUUGUGUCGUCGGCGGGUGCGGGCAACGAUGCUGGCAUGUCCAUGAAGGUGGAGAGCCUGGUCCAGCAUGGUGAUGCUUUGUAUGGAGAGAGAGAAUUUCGCAGGGCACUGAAUGCGUACAAGCAAGCUAUGCAAUAUAGUAGAAGUAUCCCUAGGCAAGCAACAAGUAGCACCAGAAGUUCAGUAUCCGCCACAGGCCGAUCACCUUCUCCGAAUUCUUCGAAUCUCUUAUCAUUCAAUGAAAAUGAGGUGAAGUUCAAGAUUGCUCUCUGCCAUUCUGCUCUAUGUGAGCACCGUGAAGCACUUCAUGAGAUGGAAGGUAUUCCUUCGAAAGUGAGAACAUUAAAAAUGAAUAUGAUGUUAGGGAAGCUAUAUCGAAUAUCAAGAAAUAGUCGCACAGCUGCUGUCUGUUAUAAGGAGUGCUUGAGGCAAUGCCCUUAUGUUUUCGAAGCUAUCACAGCUUUGGCGGAAAUGGGGCUUUCAGCAAAGGAAUUUUCUUUAUUAUUUCCACAAGCACCAAAUAGAGGAGGCAAGGUGCCGGGUGACUUUGUAGAUGCACAACGUUGGUGGACUCGUUAUGUUGAGGCACAGUGCUGCAUUGCUUCACAUGAUUAUAAAGGUGGCCUUGACAUAUAUCUAGAACUAAUGCAACGGUUCCCCAAUAAUGUGCAUAUCUUGCUGGAGAUUGCUAAGGUUGAAGCCAUCAUAGGCAGGAAUGAUGAAGCAAUAAUGAACUUUGAGAAGGCCCGUUUGAUUGAUCCAAACAUUAUGACAUAUAUGGAUGAGUAUGCAAUUCUACUGAAGUCAAAGUCUGACUACGUCAAACUGAAUAAGUUGGUACAUGAUAUGCUGCAUAUUGAUCCUGCGAGACCAGAGACAUGUGUUGCUCUUGCAGCAAUGUGGAAAAGAAAGGAUAAAAGAAAAGCUUUGACAUAUGCAGAAAAGAGCCUCCGAGUUGAUGACAGGCAUAUAACUGGCUAUAUUAUGAAGGGCAAUUUGCAUCUUUCAUUGAAUCGACCAGAUUUGGCAGUGACAGACUUCAGGGGGGCUCAAGAAUUGAGAGCUGAUCUUCGUUCUUAUCAAGGUUUGGUGUGUGCUUAUGUAGCACUUUCUAAAUGCAAAGAAGCAUUAUUCACUGCACGUGAGGCAAUGAAGGUUAUGCAUCAGUCUGCAAAAGCUCUCAAGCUAGUUGGCGAUGUUCAUGCAAUUAGUUCCAGUGGGAGGGAGAAGACUUCUGUGCAAGACCAGCAGCAGAUUAUUAUUCAACAAAGGAUCGUCUUAAGACAAGCAAGAAAGUUCUAUGAAUCAGCCAUUCGUCUUGAACCUGGAUUUCUUGGAGCUGCACUGGCCCUGGCUGAUCUGCAUGUUGUGGAAGGACGGAACAAGGAGGCUGUUAUGCUACUUGAAAAAUAUCUAAGACAAUGGGCAGACGAUUCUCUACACAUCAAGUUGGCUCAAGUGCAUGCGUCAACAAAUAUGCUUUCUGAUGCACUUUCCCAUUAUCAAUCUGCCCUAAGAAUAAACCCACAAAAUGAAGCUGCAAAGAAUGGAUUGGAGCGCUUGGAAAAACAAAUGAAGGGAGUGGACCCAGAUGCUCCGGAAGAGGAGGAAGAGAAUGAGGAGGAUGAUAUCGAUGAUCGAGAUGAGUUUAUUUGAAGCUAGAAGAUGCUGCAUAUAUUCCGCCUCUUACCUUGGUUUCAUUACAGGUCUCCUGUACUUGCUUGAAGCUGGCACUGAUCGAACACGACCAUCUUUGUAUAGCGGUGGCAGCACUGGUUGUGUUACUUGUAACUGAAUAGCAGGUGUUCAAGCGUUGCUGUGCCCAGAAUCCAGGUGUUUGUUGGGCAAAAUAUGCCCGUCAGCUUGUAAAACUGCCCACCGAAAUGGUACAAUUUAACUUACUAGAUUUUGCACGGAUGUAUGCUA